UGUCUUUGGGAAAAAUGUGUGGAUGGGUAGUUAAUGAGAUAUAACUUGAAAACACCAGUAUGGUCCUUUAAGUAAUCGGUAUGAAUUAUUUCUAUCUUAUUUUAACAUUUUAUGUGUUUACAUAUCUUAGGCUUCUGAUGGAGGAAGGCGGCUGCUCCUGCACUGAGUUCUCCUCCACUUGAUGGCUGGUGAUCACUAAGAAUAACUGGGCUCACCGUGGGACUGGCCUGGACCAGCCACAGAUUCCCACGACCCCUCCUCUACACACACACACACACGCACGCACGCACACACACACACACACACACACACACACACACAAACCAAAACACGGGCUGCAUAGGCGCACAAGCAGUGAGCUGAGAGGCAGAGCAGCUUUGCACCACUUUUAGUAGGACUGUUAUUUACUAUAAAAGCUUCAUUUCAGCCUCAGCGGCAGCCGCUGGUGGGUUGCCUGACACAGUAAAAGCCAAGGAUGAAAAAUGUCUUAAUCUGAGGAGGAAUUUUGGUGAAAGUGUGGAUUUUUUUUGUUUUUGUUUUUUUUUUCCCCCCCGCGAAUCAAAGUGGCGGAGAAGACACACGAAGGAGUGGGAGGAAUAACGCAACUCAGGGUUAUUUAUUUUGAUAAUGCCGAGGAGUCAGUUUCUGCUUCGGAUUUACGUCCAAAACAAGCCUGAAGCUAGAGGAUGACAGCAGCCAGUCCAGUCUGCAGCCCCGCCUCCUCCCCCUCCACCCAGUCCUCACCUGCUUGCCUCCCAGUAUGCCGUAGACACCUGAGGGAAGGCAAGGCCCUCCAGACCAAACCGCACCUGCGCUCCGCCCCAGGCGUGUGGCUCCUGCUGGGUGUAGUGGUGAUCCUGGUGGGGAUGAGCGUAGCAGUGGCGGGCUACGUAUCCGCAGCACCAAAGCCCACGGACGGCCGCCGCAGCACCCCGGCAGAUCGGAUGAAACUGAGCGGGCCUGUGGUCAUGGGAGUGGGCCUGUUCAUCUUCAUCUGCGCCGCCACGCUGCUGUACGAGAACAGGGACCGCGAAGUCCGUCGACGUGAGACACCAGAUGACCUUGAGGAUCUGAAGGGAGGAAACGGCUGGGAGGACUCGCAGGAGCAGCUCAGCUUCAGCUCCCAGGAGCGGUUGGAGUGUAAAGAUGGAGAGCAGGGAUCCUGGGCCACUCCAGCCCACACACUCCCCCUCUCAAACCAGAACUGGGGCCUUCUUCUUCCUCCUCCUCCUUCUCUGCCUUGCACAAACAGACACAACAUCAGCAGCGGACCAUCACCUCCGCCUCCUCUGGAUACAGGAGAUACAGAGGAGGUGGUCAGGGAGGAGGACGAGAAGGAGGGAAGGUCAACCCUGCUGACCCGAGUUCUGCACCAUCAGGAGCCAACGCCUCACCCUCCUUCCCCCUGUCUGUCCAUCUCCCACUCCUCCGUCCACUCAGACUCCUGCAACUCUAGUGAGAACCACUUCAAUAUACGGACAGACUGUCCUCUGCCGCCUCAACAGUGAACUUGUACUGUCUCACAAAAAACAAAAUGCAUGUUGAGAUACAUUUUAAAGUUUGGCGUGCAGACACACAGCAAAAGACAAGACUAUGCAUUCCUCAAUAAACAGAUGAAAUGUUUGUUGGUAUGUUUUAGUGCCUCUGAGUGGCGCAGAGGCUCUGAGUCACUGUCUGUGAAGGGUGUUUUUUUGUCCUACAUCGUUCUCUGACUCACCCACAUUUGAAAGAUUGGAGCUAUGCUGUUUGAUGUCAACUCGCCAUCUUGUUGUCUUUGAACUCGCCCGUGCUCAAAAAAAAAAUCCUGAAAGCCACUGCUUGUUUGACCAUAUUUGGACGUGAGUAGGAUUGUUGAAAAGUUAUUUGGGUGCCAUAGUCAAGUCUUGGCUGUUUCUCUCUCUCCCUCACACACACUGACACACACACACACAGACACAUCCCUGCAGGGGAACAGCGUCUACAUUUCCUUGCUGAAGAGGUUCGGUUAAGAGGAUGGACCAGAUUAGGUCUCAAAUGAGUCCUUAUCUAAUCUCACACAUACUGCAAUCUGCUCUUUAUCUGAGGAAAUUGUGUCUCAGUAUAAACAAGAGAAGCACACAAGGCCACACUCCUCUCACUCCACACCUACAGCCACGCUAUAAAUACCAGCUGGUGCUUUGUACACAUGCAAGCGUGCACUUGAGUUCAAUUUUUUCCCUUUUUUUUCAUUAAAAAAAAACAAACAAACUGUAAUUCAGUUUUUUUUAAAUUCACAGUGUCAGCUGUUCAGUUUUCACUCUUUUCUCAAGUGUGGUGAGGCGAGAUCUUUAAGAAUUUGGAAAGAAAAAGAGCAAAGACUUUAAAAGAAAAAAGAAAAAGCAAAAUCUGGCGAGGCUGGUGUGAGUUAUUCCUGACGCAGCUUAACUGAGAAAAGCGAGCGGUCCUGUGAGUCGAGUUAACUGAAGCCACACUCUCCCACCAUCCAGACCUUUCAUCUCCUCCCUCCUCAUCAUCAUCUGAUUCCUACGCUUUAUUCAAAUCCUCCAUCCUCCGUCCCAAAUCCUUGGGCUUCUGCAAAACAGUGAAAUAGAGAAAAUAGAAACAAAACAAAAAAAAACAAUGGGGAAUUAAAAUGUUAUCAGGUACAAUUAAGCCAAAGAGAGCAUGUUUGAACAGUCAGAGAGGUACGGGGGUAGGAUUUUAAUUAUCGCCAGCAUUUUCUCCCGCAGCCUCUAAUUACACAGGGGAUCAGUGUGCAGGUUUUUAUAGGUGCUUCAGGACUGCAGAGUAUUUCCUUGUUGUUUGGGCCCAUGCUGGGAUCCUGCCAUCCAGAUGACGACUGAGACUAAAAAGCGUACAGUAAUUUGCAGCCACACAUUUCACUCACUAGAAACAGCAUCCGCCUCUCUCUCUCUCUCUCUCUCUCUCACACACACACACACACACACACACACACACACACACACACACACACUCAGUAAAAGGCUUUGUGUAGGUACAGUAUGCUGCUUUAAGAUGUACAUUUCUGGAGCAGGGAUGAGUUGGGGAGACGUGUCUGGAUCUUGACUGAAUCUUGCAACAUGCUGCAAGCAGCCUCCCCUCUCAGAGAGGCAGCUCUCUCCUCGCUCUCACACAGAUGCACGCGAGUCCUGCUCGGGGUGAGAUGCUGUGAUGUGUUUAUAUUCAGCAUGAAAGAUACUGGAUUGUAGAGCAGCAACAAGGGAUU